GUGUAACUUCAGUGGCCGUUGACGCAACUUGAAGCAACUUGACCCCUGGUGUUUUUAAAGUCGCCUCUUGCGCUUGAAAGAUGUCCGCAGUAAAAGAAGGAAACACUUUGAGCUUCUUUGUAAACGGGAAGAAGAUAACAGAGAACCAUGCAGACCCUGAAACGAUGCUGCUGUCCUUCCUCAGAGAGAAGCUGAGGUUAACUGGGACCAAAUACGGCUGCGGUGGAGGAGGCUGCGGGGCGUGCACCGUCAUGGUGUCGCGCUACCAACCCGCCACCAAAACCAUCACUCAUUACUCAGCUAACGCCUGCCUCCUGCCGCUCUGCCAGCUCCACGGAGCCGCCGUCACCACCGUGGAGGGCGUCGGCAGCACCAAGACCAGGAUCCACCCGGUACAGGAGCGAAUAGCGAAGGCUCACGGCUCCCAGUGUGGCUUCUGCACUCCAGGGAUGGUGAUGUCCAUGUACACUCUGCUGAGGAACAAACCUCAACCUACGAUGGAGGACAUCACCCAGGCUCUGGCUGGUAAUCUGUGUCGCUGCACUGGAUAUCGACCUAUUAUUGACGGCUGCAGGACCUUUUGUCAGGAAGCCGACUGCUGCAAAGCGAAUGGAGCGAAUUGUUGCCUGAAUGAGGGAGAAAGUACAGAUGAGCCUCAGUAUGAGACGCCACAGCUGUUUGACAAGAGCGAGUUUCUGCCGUUGGACCCGACACAGGAGCUGAUCUUCCCUCCAGAACUGAUUCUGAUGGCGGAGACAGCGAGCCCACAGACUCUCACCUUCCGUGGGGAGAGGAUGAGCUGGGUGUCCCCAGCCUCGCUGGAGGAGCUGGUCCAGCUGAAGACGAGUAACCCUAAAGCUCCGCUGGUCAUGGGCAACACUAACAUAGGUCCUGAUAUUAAGUUCAAAGGCGUCCUGCAUCCUCUGAUCAUAUCUCCAACCAGAGUGACGGAGCUGUUCGAGGUCACUCAGACGCCACAGGGUGUUUUUGUCGGAGCGGGAUGCAGUCUGUCUGAGCUCCUGUCUCUUCUGGAGAAGCUGGUCCACCAGUUUCCGGAGGAGAAGACCGAGCUGUUCAGAGCCCUGAUCCAGCAGCUGAGGAACCUGGGAAGCCAACAGAUCCGCAAUGUUGCCUCUCUUGGAGGCAACAUCAUGAGUGUGUACCCUAACUCAGAUCUGAACCCUGUUCUGGCUGCCGGAAACUGCAAAGUGAUCGUUAUUUCAAGCGGAGGAAGACGAGACGUUCCUCUGAAUCAAGACUUCUUUGUGAGCUUCGGAAAAACCAUCCUGAAGCCAGACGAGAUUGUAGUCUCUGUUUUUAUUCCUUUUUCCAGAAAGGGGGAGUUUGUUCGAGCUUUCCGUCAGGCUCCGAGGAAGGAGAGCGCCUUCGCCACGGUGACGACGGGCAUGAGGGUGUUUUUCUCAGAAGGGUUCAGACUGGUGGAGGAUGUCAGUAUUUAUUACGGAGGAUUGGGACCGACCACCGUCAGUGCCGCCAAAACCUGCACAGCCAUCGUCACGAGACCGUGGGAUGAUGAGACCCUCAGUCGGGCCUACGACGUCCUCCUGGAUGAGUUGGUCCUUCCUCCGUCGGCUCCUGGAGGAAAAGUAGAGUUUCGUCGCUCCCUGGCUCUCAGUUUCCUCUUCAAAUUCAACCUGGAGGUCCUGCAGAAGCUCACAGAACUGAAUGUGAUCACGGAUGAGCCUCCUGAGAAGAUUCAUCCUUUACCCAGAGAGAUCCAACCCAGCCUGCAGGAGUUCCAGCGCGUGUCUGAGGGCCAGAAUGACCAGGACCCAGUGGGACGUCCCAUCAUGCACCGCUCCGCCAUCAGCCAGGCCACAGGUGAGGCUGUGUACUGCGACGACCUCCCCAGAACAGACGGGGAACUUUUCCUGGCUGUGGUCACCAGCUCUCGAGCGCAUGCUAAGAUCACAAGUCUGGAUGUGAGUGAAGCUCUGCAGCUCCCUGGUGUUGUCGACGUCAUCACGGCCAAAGAUAUUCCUGGAAAGAAAGUCCGUUCAGCGUUUGGUUAUGAUGAGGAGCUGCUCGCUCAGACAGAGGUGUCGUGCAUCGGUCAGAUGAUAUGUGCUGUAGUCGCUGACACGAGGGCGCACGCCAAACGAGGCGUCGCGGCCGUGAAGAUCAGCUAUGAAGACCUGCCAGGGCCGGUUUUUACCAUAGAGGAAGCCAUCGAGAAGUCGUCUUUCUUUGAGCCUCAGAGGACGCUCGAGAAAGGAAACGUGACAGAGGCCUUCAAAACUGUCGAUCAGGUUUAUGAAGGAGUUAUGCGAAUGGGCGGCCAGGAGCAUUUCUACAUGGAGACACAGAGCAUGCUGGUUGUUCCUGUCGGCGAGGAGACAGAGUUCAACGUUUACGUCUCCACUCAGUGGCCGACCGCCGCUCAGGAAGCAGUUGCAGAGACGUUGGACAUCCCGUCCAACAGAGUCACCUGUCACGUCAAAAGGAUCGGUGGAGCUUUUGGAGGCAAAGUCACAAAAACCGCCAUACUGGCUUCGAUCACCUCUGUAGCUGCGUGGAAGACUAACCGGGCGGUCCGCUGUGUCCUGGAACGAGGUGAGGACAUGCUGAUCACUGGAGGGCGUCACCCUAUACUCGGAAAAUACAAGGUCGGUUUUAUGAAUGAUGGCAGGAUCAUGGCUGCUGAUAUCCAGUAUCACACCAACGCUGGAAACGCCAUCGAUGAAUCUCUUCUGGUAGUAGAGAAAGUUCUGCUUCACAUGGACAACGCCUACAACUUCCCCAACCUGCGAGGCCGUGCCGCCGCCUGCAGGACCAACCUGCCCUCCAACACCGCCUUCAGGGGCUUCGGUGUUCCCCAGAGCAUCAUGGUUGUCGAGAACAUGGUCAAUGACGUGGCCAUGGUGCUGGACCGCCCUGUAGACCAGAUUCGGGAGAUCAACAUGUACAAAGGGCCGUCAGUCACCCCCUACAAGUUCGAGUUCAGCCCGGAGAACAUGCGUCGCUGCUGGGAGGAAUGCAAAGUCAAGUCCGACUACGGCGCCCGACGCAGAGCUGUCGAGCGGUUUAACCAGCAGAACCGCUGGAAGAAGAAGGGCAUGUCCAUCAUCCCCAUUAAAUACGGCAUCGCAUUUGCAGAGAGCUUCUUAAAUCAGGCUGCAGCUCUGGUCCACAUUUAUAAAGACGGAUCUGUUCUGGUCACUCAUGGCGGCACGGAGAUGGGUCAAGGAAUCCACACCAAAAUGCAACAGGUGGCGAGUCGGGAGCUUCGUAUCCCGCCCUCUAAGAUCUACAUCAGCGAGACCAGCACCAACACCGUUCCCAACACCUGCCCCUCUGCUGCCUCCUUCGGCACCGACGCCAACGGCAUGGCGGUCAAGAAUGCCUGCCAGACUUUGUACCAGCGACUGGAGCCAAUCAGGCAGAAAAACCCCAAAGGACCAUGGGAGAGUUGGGUGAGAGCAGCGUUUUUUGAGAAAAUCAGUUUAUCAGCUACUGGAUUCCACCGAGGUCCAGAUCUUUACAUGGACUGGGAGAAGAUGGAGGGUCAGCCUUACGCUUACUUCACAUAUGGAGUGUGCUGCUGCGAGGUGGAGCUGGACUGCCUCACAGGAGACUACAGGACGGUGAGGACAGACAUCGUGGUCGACAUCGGCAGAAGUGUGAACCCCUCAGUGGACAUCGGCCAGAUCGAAGGAGCGUUCAUGCAGGGUUUGGGUCUCUACACUCUGGAGGAGUUGAAGUUUUCACCUUCGGGGCUUCUGUACACUCGAGGUCCGUCACAAUAUAAGAUCCCCGCUGUCUGCGAUGUGCCGCUCCGCUUCAACGUCUAUCUGCUCUCAGACUCAAACAACCCCCACGCCAUCUACUCCUCAAAGGGUAUCGGAGAACCCAUCCUCUUCUUGGGCAGUUCAGUGUUCUUCGCCAUCAAAGACGCUGUGGCGGCGGCUCGCUCAGAAUCCGGUCUAGUCGGCCCGUUUUCCCUGGACAGCCCCGCAACGGCGGAGAGAGCCUGUCUGGCCUGUGCCUCCCCGUUCACUCAGAAGAUUCCAGCCGGCAAACCAGGAUCUUUCAAACCGUGGGCCUUAAACAUCUAAAACUGACACUGUGUACUUUAAUUCAAACAAAAUACAACUAGACUGAAUGUGAACUGAUGUAUAAUUAAAAUGAUCACUAUCACACUUAUUUUACUGACACUAUAAAAUGUCUUUAUAUGUCCAAUUCCAAGAAAAAAGUCCUAUAUUGCACAUUUAUUCUCUUUUUCAACCAUGUAUGAUGUGAAAUUAAUAUCUUAUGACCUCUUGAAAUCACAGAACCUUUAAAUGUUUUUUUGCUUGUGCGUUUGUCUUAAAAUAUCACUGUUUUCAAUAAGGGAAGAAUAAAUAAUGAAACUGUUUAUUGUAUACGUUUAAUAAAUCAGUGUUUACUCUGUA